UGCGAUACCGUUAACCUUUACUUCAUUUCUCAAGAGUGUUUAAAAUCUGGGCGUCCAUCUUGAUCUUAUAUUGUAGAUCAGAUAGGUCUUAUUUGUUGUCUCUAACAAGCUUCCGAAAGAAAAAAAAGCUUGCGCUUUAUUGAGACGGACAGUGGAGCAGCGAGUAGCGUAGCCGAUUACCACGCUGAGAGCUCAGGUUCGAAUCCCGGCUGUUUCACUCCGGUUUUUCUUCAUGGUUGGGUUAAACCCGGUUAACAAAGUAUCGAAAAGUAGUCUAUAUAUGGCAUAUAUAAGGAUAAGCAAUGGAAAAAAAUAAAAGGACAAUCAAAAGAAAAAAGAAAAAAGAAAGAACUUGGUGUAAGAUAAGUACGAGAAAAGUGCAAAAACACAAAGCCGAAGUCAAGUAGCUCUCAACAUUCGCUUGUGAUACAAUAAUUAAAAACUCGAACUCGAUAGCUUUCAAAGCGUUUAAUUAAUGCAGUACCGUGGGAAAAUUGUCCGGGACUCCUUCCUACCAGUAAAUAAAGAAUUAAAUAGAGAGAGCAAACUAAAUAAAUAAAAGACGCGAGUACUGGGAUUACCAGAGAGAUCACCAUGUUUAAGAGAAAUUUGUAACACGGUCAUAAAGGUCUGCCCUGUGCCCUUCGAGAAAAACACGAUCUACUUAAAACCGUGGUCAUAUCUGCAGUUAGAUCUCAUCUGAUGGUAACAAUAGAAACUUACGUGCAACGGAAUCGAGAGUUCCCUUCGUGUAUGCAACCGUUCUCGUGGCCGAAAAGAGAACGAAGAGGAGGCCUGGGAGUCCGAAGCGCGUUGAUAAGGCGCACAACGAUAGGAAGUCGCGGCAACGAGCCGAAGAGGUGGUAUAAUAGGUGAACGCGUCUCUAAUCCCCUUUUCUUCACGGAAAUCGUCGAAAGUGUAACAGUAGGUUUCUCAGAGAGCGCCGGAGCGCCCUGUGGCAACUCAGAUGAGGAGGAUCGAUCGCGAGAGACACCGGGGGUCAUACAAGUUCAACGGAACAGUGAAUCGGGGGUCGAGCGUGUUCAUGGUGGAAGGAGGAAUACUAGAGGGAACCAUUGGACCAGGUACAUUUGAUUAGUCGGGUCAGUGCUCGUUUCGCUCGCCUGCUGCACACCGGAGCUAUCCUAUGGAAACAGGACUCCGAAAGACAGAGAUUCUUCUACAGUGACAAGUGCUACUGCGACCAACGAAGAAAAAUGCGACAUAUAUUCGAAAUAACUAAAACUACGUACGAUUACACGAUCUACGCAAAUUGAUAUACAACAAAUCAACCGAAGAAUCAACUGAAUCCGAGGAAUCGAUUGUUUAAUCGAAUCGUGAUCUUUUUUAGUCGCGAUCUGUAAGAAUCUGAACGGAAAAAUUUUAAUUUAAACGCGCCAGAACAUCGUUACGACAUGUGAGACUUCAAAGCUAAUUCGAUGAACCGAUUGUCCGUGAUCCACGAUCGACGAACCUCGAUGGAUCCUUCCGUCGAUCAUUCUGUACGAGGACUCUCAACUCGUACCAUUUCGAACGAGUUCGGAACCAUUCGUAGCUGAUAUGACAUUAGAACUUAUUCGAUGAAUCUCGAAAGGAUAUAUCAUUGGUCUAGGAUGCCUCGUGCGAAACAUCGAUGGAGAUUCUUCGUCUUGUCGCAUGUGAUACUCUUGACAUUGUCUUGUUGCAAUUCUCGUGCUAGGAAUACAGUAAGUGUCCCGAGGUUGAUUAAAAGUAGCAGAGUGUAUGAAUUAAACAAUGACGAGACAUCCAAUGAAUGGCAGGAAGGAAAUCUUCGCGUAGGGCGAAGUAGAGAACCAUGGGAUUCCGUGUCUAUGGAAGAACAGAAGGAAAAUGUAUACAUACGCGAGCUCCCAUCUGUUAAUUUUACGUACAACGAAACGAAGGGUAAUCAGUUAUUAACGCACAACGAAGCGACUUUAUCUCAUAAAAGGUUUAAAAGGGGUGUGAUACAUCUCUACAACAUGGUAGUUUGUGCUACCGGAUGCAAUCCUUUAGCUUAUAAAGGAUACGGGUGUUACUGUGGUUUUCUGGGCUCUGGAUACGUCAUAGAUGGGAUAGAUAGGUGUUGCAAAAUGCACGACUGGUGCUACGAUGCUACUGAUUGCCCAAUGUUUUCAGAGUACUUUGUACCGUAUUAUUGGAGAUGUUACCACGGUUAUAAGCCCGUAUGCGCCGUUGAACACGGGAAUUGGGGGGGAUCUGGAUCGUGCGCUCAACGAUUAUGCGAAUGCGAUCGAACGUUCGCCGAAUGUUUAAAACGCUACCCUUGCCCGACGACCAAAGCUGUAUGCACCUCGUCGCCUUGGAGACUGGUACAAAAUCUUUUUAUGGUCAUGUAAUUACUGGC